AUGAGUGGCCUCCGCUUUCUCGACCUCAUUAAACCCUUUACGCCCCUCCUGCCGGAGGUCGCGGCCCCGGAAUCAAAGAUCCCAUUCAACCAGAAGUUGAUGUGGACAGGAUGUACGCUCCUAAUUUUCUUGGUCAUGAGCCAAAUGCCUCUCUACGGCAUCGUCUCGUCCGACACGUCAGAUCCCAUCUACUGGUUGCGUAUGAUGCUGGCCAGUAACAGGGGGACACUGAUGGAAUUGGGGACAACGCCCAUCAUCUCCUCUGGGAUGGUCUUCCAGCUCCUAGCUGGUACUCACCUCAUCGACGUCAACCUUGAUCUCAAGUCCGACCGAGAACUGUACCAAACCGCUCAAAAACUCUUCGCCAUCAUUCUCUCCUUCGGCCAGGCCUGCGUUUUCGUCCUUACCGGUCUCUAUGGCCAACCAAGCGACCUCGGUGCUGGUAUCUGCCUCCUUUUGAUUGUCCAGCUGGUGAUUGCCGGUUUGGUGGUCAUUCUCCUCGAUGAACUGCUGCAGAAGGGGUACGGUCUCGGAUCUGGCAUUUCUCUCUUCAUCGCCACAAACAUCUGCGAGUCCAUCAUCUGGAAAGCCUUCUCCCCAACGACCGUUGACACGGGCCGCGGAAAAGAAUUCGAAGGCGCAGUGAUUGCCCUCUUUCACCUCCUCGUCACCUGGCCCGACAAGACCCGUGCACUCCGCGAGGCUUUCUACCGCCAACAUCUCCCUAACAUUAUGAACCUUUUGGCAACCUUGACCGUUUUCGCCGCCGUCAUUUACCUUCAGGGCUUCCGGGUCGAGAUUCCGGUGAAAUCGUCACGUCAACGAGGCAUGCGCGGCUCCUACCCCGUCCGGCUGUUCUACACUUCCAACAUGCCCAUCAUGCUACAGUCUGCAUUGGCAUCGAACAUCUUCAUGAUCAGUCAGAUGCUCUACACCCGCUUCUCCGACAACCUGCUUGUCAAGCUCAUUGGGACAUGGGAACCAAGAGAGGGCUCAUCUCAACUGUACGCGAGUGGUGGAAUCGCAUAUUACAUGUCCCCACCCCUGAACUUCACCGACGCCCUUCUUGACCCCAUCCACACCGUCAUCUACGUCACUUUCAUCAUUGUCACCUGUGCGGUCUUCUCCAAGACAUGGAUUGAAGUCUCUGGCAGUGCCCCCCGCGACGUGGCCAAGAACCUCAAGGAGCAAGGACUCGUCAUGGCCGGGCAUCGUGAGCAGAGCAUGUACAAGGAACUGAAGAGAGUUAUCCCGACGGCGGCAGCUUUUGGCGGUGCGUGCAUUGGGGCGUUGUCUGUGGCAAGUGACAUGCUCGGUGCGCUGGGGAGUGGGACCGGGAUCUUACUCGCAGUCACAAUCAUCUAUGGCUACUUUGAGAUUGCGGCCAAGGAAGGAGAUUUCGGGCAGGGAUUGAAGGGAUUGAUUGCUUAG